AUGACGAUGUUUGCGGAAAGUUUUGACCAUACUGUCGAAAAGGGCGUAAUGGAUUUGAUAUUUUUGCGAACGUGUUUACGUGAACAGUUAAAACCAGUAUUUAUUCGUAUCAAGUUACCUCAACAUAUUCAAAAUAGUAAGGCUGCUACUCAGUUAAGACUGCGAUUAUUGUUAGGUUUCAAAACAGAGUAUUAUGAUUAUGAUAAGAAAAAUGAUGAUGAUAUUAUUUCCUAUAAUCUUACUCCAGCUCAAGUAAGUGGUGCGAUAAACCUACGGCGUAUUACUGAUAAAUUUAUACACCGUUCGAGGCAUGAAUUACGCAAUACUCACGAUUUAUCUGCAAAAUAUCGAGGUAUACUAAAGGCUUUAGCGAGUGAUAAAUCAAUUAUAAUUUAUAAACCUGACAAAGGUAGAGGUAUUGUUAUCCUGGAUAGAGCUGAAUAUAUAGAAAAAAUGAAUGAUAUUGUAAGUGAUACAAAGACAUUUCGAAAAAUUACAUUUGAACCCACUAUUAGUAAAGAAGGUAAACUUAUACGGCUGUUAGGUAGUUUACGUGGUAGAGCAUUUAUUACUGAGAAUGAAUAUAAGCUAGCUAGGCCUUGCGGAUCACAAUUUGCAAGGUUAUAUGGGUUACCCAAGGUUCACAAACCAAACAGGCCUAUAAGACCAAUUCUUUCGUCGGUCAAAACGUUCAACUAUGGUCUCGGUCAUAUGCUAGCUCAACGAUUACAACAUUUACGGACUAGCCCCCAGCAUGAUUAA